AUGUUUCCUUCUAGAGACAUGGCUAUUGCUUCACCCUCCUCCAUCUUCUCUGCUUACGCUUCCAUGACAGCCUCCGUCAUGCUUCUGCGUACAAUAACCAACGACCUUGUUCCUCAACCAAUUCGUGCCUACCUUACCAACACCUUCCGCUACUUCUUCAAGCCUCGCUCCAACACUCUCACUCUCACCAUUGAAGAGUACUCCAGCGGCAUAGCGCGCAACCAUCUCUACGAUGCCGCAGAGGUUUACUUGUCCACAAAAAUCACCCCCCAAAAUGAGAGACUUAGCGUCAGCAAGAGCCCAAAGGAGAAAAAACUCUCCAUCAGACUUGAAAAGGGUGAAGAGAUAGUGGAUUGGUUUACUGGGGUGAAGCUCAACUGGAAACUAAUCUGCUCAGAAGUCGAUAAGGGCAAUGGUUCCAGUGAUCACAACAGAAACAGCUCCACAAGAACAGAAAAGAAGUACUUUGAGCUUAGCUUUGAGAAGAAGCACAAGGAGAUGGUGGUGGAAACUUACUUACCUUUCGUUCUUGAGAAAGAGAAGGAGAUGAAGGACGAGGAGAGGGUGUUGAAGAUGCACACUCUCAACACUUCCUAUGGUUACGGAGGGUUCAAGUGGGAUUCUAUUAACUUGGACCACCCUUCAACGUUUGAGACCGUGGCUUUGGAGGCAGAGAUGAAGAACUACCUAAUGGAGGAUUUGAACAGGUUUUUGAGGAGGAGGGAGUUUUAUAGAAAAGUUGGGAGGGCUUGGAAACGAGGGUACUUGUUGUACGGACCACCGGGAACCGGCAAAUCGAGCUUGAUUGCAGCCAUAGCGAAUUACUUGAAGUUUGAUAUCUAUGAUCUCCAACUUGACAAUUUAGUCACCGAUUCUGACCUCAGAAAGCUGUUGCUGGCAACUGCAAAUAGGUCUAUUCUGGUGAUUGAAGACGUCGAUUGUAGUGUGGAUCUGCCAGGGCGCAGACAAGGAGAUGGACGCAGGCAAGGAGAUGGACGCAAGCAACAACCUAAUGUGCAGUUGAGUUUGGGCGGAUUACUGAACUUCAUAGACGGGCUAUGGUCGAGUUGUGGAGACGAGAGAAUCAUCAUACUCACCACCAACCACAAGGAGAGGCUAGACCCAGCACUGUUGAGGCCUGGAAGAAUGGACAUGCACAUUCACAUGUCUUAUUGCUCCUACCACGGCUUCAAGGUUUUGGCCUCAAACUACUUGGACAUUUCUUCGGAUCAUCACCUCUUCGGGGAGAUUGAAGGUCUGAUAGAGGACACGCACAUAACCCCAGCACAAGUGGCAGAGGAAUUGAUGAAGAGCGAAGAUACUGAGGUUGCACUAGAAGGAUUCCUAAAGUUCCUUAAGAGAAAGAAGAUGGAAGGAGAUGUGUGUGGGAAUGAUAGUUCAGAUAAAACUGAACUUAACCAAUCUAAAAGCUCCAAAAAUGGUUGCAAGCAAAAAAGACCAGUUUCUAUCAGCAAGAGAAAAAAUAGUGCGGGUACUCAGAGAAGGACAAGAGCGCGUACUUAG